AUGCGGCGCGAGCUGUACUCCAAGAUCGAUGCCACUCCAGAAGCGGAAGAGGAACGGGCGAGCCAUUGCAACGAGGUGGGGAAGCAGGGUUUGUUCGAGGAAGCACAGAGCUGGUACUACAAGAUUGGUGAGGGUGGGAAGAAAGAAGCUUUGAACUAUGUGGCGGGUUUGCCGGUGUAUAGGGAGAAAUGCUGGUCUUGUGCACGCAAAGGCUAUGAGGGUUUUGUUCUGAGCUAG